AUGUACAAGGCAGUGUUAGUUCUGUGCCUGGCAGGAGCAGCCUUCGCCCAGUAUGGACACCAUGAGCACCACGACCAUCACGAAAAGAAACACGAAGAGCACAUCGUAGACUAUUAUGCCCACCCAAAAUACAAAUUCGACUACGGAGUACACGACUCCCACACCCACGACGUGAAGAAGCAGGAAGAGACCAGGGAAGGAGACGUGGUCAAGGGCUACUACUCCCUCUACGAACCCGAUGGUACCGAGAGGAUCGUCCACUACACCGCAGACAAGAAGAACGGUUUCAACGCAGUCGUAGAGAGGAAAGGACACGCUGUACAUCCUCAUGUAAAAGGAUCUACUGAGACGUUCUUCAAGCACCACCAAGAACACCACGAUCAUCACUAUUAA